AUGGUGACGAUCGACGACAUUCGACUGAUCGAUAUGAAAGUGUCGCUCGUUCGUGAAUGGGAUCGUUGGUCGAGCCCAGCCGCGACAGGGUCAAAUAGAGACAUCAAAGACUUUCUCGCCAACAACGGAAUAGACGCUAACGCGGGGUUGGCACUUUCAACGAGGAUAGCCAAGUAUCUCAGCAGGAAGCUCGGUCUUCCUGAAGGCACCUUGGCUAAGAAGAUCUAUGCCUGGCGACCACUAACAGUGAUGGCAGACGUCUUUGGCGCUGGUAUUUAUAUCUUUGUCUCCAGGAGCCUCUUUACGUGCUAUAACAAGAUUCAUCCAACCGAUCGCAUUAAAAAAGAGGAUAAGUUCCGUGCCAUGGCGCUUACUGUUGCAGACAAGCUCCCCAACCUCUUGGAGAUUUAUGAGGCAUCGCACAAGCAUAUCGUCCAGCCCGUCCUAAAGCCCCUUCUUCCUGGCAAUAAUAUGCAAGAUCUUUCCAGGGACUUAAGAGUCCCUGGGGUUCAGAUGGCUACAGACGGUGAUCUACAUAGCUUGCGAAAAACAUCCAUUCCAGAACUGCUCGGUGUUUGUAUACCUCCACGAGGUUUUAUAGAGGAAUUGGGCAGUGUUACAGGAGGAGAUGCUAAUGCUGGGACGACAUUGGUUCGCCGACAGUCUACUCUCCACGGACAUCAUCAUGAUGAAGACGGCAAAGAUAGUAACGUUGACGAUGAUGAUGAUGAUGGAAGUGGGGAAGAUAUUUGCUAUUACCUGUAUCUGACCGAGGGAAAUGACUGUAGCGGCGGCAAGCCAGCUUCUUGA